GUUGACCUGAAUAUGCAUACCUAGGCUCUAGCUGAGACGAGAACUGAUAGUAAUACAAGCCCAUGCAAAAAUGUCGGUGUGUUUCUUCCUAGCUCAGCAAAAGGCGCUGCUUUCUUCUUUCUGAUUUGGCUAAGUUGAAGGGAAUGCUCUGGUGUCGCUAAAAUUUUCCAGCUGCGAGUAGGUCGACAGAGGCGAGGGCAUCUGGUCUUCAAAAUUUGAAAAAGCGUCAGUUGAGAUGGCGUCUGAGGAGAGAAAUGGAGGGGCCAAUGUUGCGUCAGAUGAGGACGUGCAAUUCAAUGCUCAGGGCAAGAAGAAGCAGAAGCACGACAAGCCUAAGCCGUGGGAUCAUGACGGGAUAGACCAUUGGCAGGUUGUCAAAAUAGCGCCAGAGGAUAAUCCCAGCGGACUGCUGGAGGAGAGCUCGUUUGCUACGUUGUUCCCACAAUACAGAGAAAAGUACCUUCGGGAGGUCUGGCCCCUGGUAACCAAGGCGCUAAAGGAACACGGCAUCGCGUGCGAGCUUAACCUGGUCGAGGGGUCAAUGACUGUGUCGACCACGAGGAAAACGUUCGACCCAUUCAUCAUCAUCAAAGCCAGGGACCUCAUCAAGCUGCUUUCUAGGAGUGUGCCGGCUGCGCAGGCGCUCAAGAUUUUGGACGACGAGAUGCAGUGCGACAUCAUCAAAAUCGGAAACCUCAUUCGUAACAAGGAGCGAUUUGUGAAGCGACGGCAACGGUUGCUCGGCCCCAAUGGAUCCACUCUGAAGGCGCUGGAGCUCCUGACAGGAUGCUACAUUCUAGUACAGGGGAACACUGUCUCGGCCAUGGGACCGUACAAGGGGUUGAAGCAGCUGCGCCCCAUCGUCGAGGACUGCAUCAAGAACGUCCAUCCAAUCUACCACAUAAAGGCCCUCAUGAUCAAGAAAGAGCUAGCCAAAGACCCUCAGCUGGCGAACGAAAGCUGGGACCGCUUUCUUCCAAAGUUCAAGAAGAAGAACGUCAAGCGCAAGGUGCCGAAGGAAAAGAAGGAGAAGAAGGACUACACGCCGUUCCCGCCCCCGCAGCAGCCUAGCAAGGUGGACUUGCAACUAGAGAGCGGGGAAUACUUCCUGAGCAAGGAGGCGAAAGCGGCCAAGAAGCGUGCGGCCAAGGACGCGCAGCAGGCGGAGCGCACCGCAGCCAGCAAGCGCAAGCGAGAAGAGGCGUUUGUGCCGCCCAAGGAGGAAAAGCGCGGUUCUGGAAACGCUCCUGGCAGUUCAGCCGCAAAGGCGAACGGCGCCUCGCGACCGGACGGCCGUGUGUCCAAAAUGGACGUAUCGGACAUGGCCGCCAAGCUACAGAAGAAGGCCAAGGCUGACGCCAGCCAACGGCAAUCGACAGACGACCGCGGCGUCGAGUCGUAUCUGGCAGGCGGAAGCAAAGUGCACAAAAAAGAGAAGAGAAUCAAAAGGCGUUCGGAAGACUAAGUGGGGAGGUACUGAAGAUGCAAGCUGGUUGGAGAAGGGACUGCGGGUAACCGGUCAAGCUAGGGGCUUGUCAGUGCAAGCUCGUAGAAACUCAGAGUCAAGCUGGAACGAUACUUUCGUCACUGUUCAGCGGAGUACGUACAUCAUCACGCCACGUCGUGCAUUCUCCUACAAAUUUCAGGCGGUUUGUCCGUAUCGUGCAUUUGCGGACAAUUGCAGUAAUGCUGACAGGCCAGCCUGAUUACCUCUGCCGACAAUGGGCAGGAGUGAAGAACAAGCAAUCAAAAUGUUCUGAUAGGAUUGCAUGCGACUGAAUGUUCACUGAUUGCCU